AUGGACCAAGGAACCUCUGUGCUUGGAACCCCUGCUUGGCCCCCAGUUGAGGCAAACGAGGACCUGACUUUGGAUCAUGUGCUGGAUGAUGACAUUUCCGAAUUUCUUGUGGAUAUUUGUGGUUCUACUCUGGAUGCAGCUGACCCUUCGCUCACGGAGGAUGCUGCUGUCUCCGGUCGACUCGGGACGGGUGAGGCACCAACAUCAGCCCCGGCAGCGCCCCGACCUCUGACUUCUGUCGCGUCCAGCUCCCGUGCUACGCGGUGGGGGCCACGUCACGGCGCGAUCGGGUCUUCUGGGGCUGUCCCGCCUGCCGCUGAUGUCCCGGCUUGUCCUGCUCCUACUUCUCGGGUGGCUGUUUCGGCUGCGCCCCGACGAACCAUGACUCGUUGGGGCCCCCGACUCGUAGUGACGCUACCCAUCACUGGGCGACGUACUCGCACUCGACGGCCAUCCUCCAGCGUACCUGAUUCUCCUUUGGUAGACCGCACCGCGCCUACUACGGCAGUUCCACCUGCUGAUUCGCCGAUAGCUCCGCCACCAUCACUGUCAGUGGUGGAGCCUACUGACCACCCAGCGGUUCCAGAGCACUGGCUACUACGUUUUGACGGGGCUUGUCGUCGGAACCCUGGUGCUGGUGGCGCUGGUGCGGUGGUAACAGACGCGUCUGGUACUGUGGUUUGGACGUGCUCCCACUUCCUGCCUGCCCGCGGUGAAACCAACAACACCGCGGAGUACUCUGCUCUAUUGAUAGGGCUGCAGGGGGCACUGUUCCACGGUGCCAAGAGGCUAAAGAUUGAAGGAGACAGCAACUUGGUGCUCGCCCAGGUGCGGGGCUCAUUUACUUGCUCCAACCGGCGGCUCCGGCGGUUGCGAGGUCGGGUUCGCUGCGAGUUGGGCCGCCUGGAUUGGUACCAGCUCAGUCACAUCGACCGGCAAGCUAACGCUCACGCUGACAGACUGGCUAACCGUGCCCUUGACCUCCGCCGUACCGCGUUGGAGUGUGGGCCCCACUCUGAUGACCUCUCCGCUUGUUUCACGCCUGUUUCCUCUCCGCCUUCCAGCCCAUCCCCGGCUGGGCCAGUCACAUAUGGUCCUCCCGAUGCGGAUACUGAUGGCUCUGUGGAUGACGAGGCCAUGGACGUAGAAGCCGAGAUCGCUGCUCGCGAUGGGGGUGAAGUUUUCCCGACUAUUCUCAUUGGUCCGGGUUCUACUCCAGCGCGACAACCUCGGCUCCGUCUCCGUCACUUGAGCGAGGAGGAGCAGGAUAUUGCUGCUGCUGCGGUACAGCACUUUGCGGAUGUCAUGGCGAGCAAGAUUACGGAUUCGGACAGUUGGAUAUCUGGUGAGGGAUACAUCUCGGCCAUCCCGGACCGGCUUCGCGAAGUGCUGCUGCCAUUCUCGGUGUCACCAAUGGGUACUUCAAGCUCGAGAGACAACUGUCCUCGCCAACGCCCACCUCGCGUGACGCGUACGCAGCGCGAACAUCGGUUGGAUGAGGCCCUUGAUGACAUGCAAGCGACGCAACAGGCGGUACCGAGUGACCGUCGCGCGGUCCGGAAGUCUCGCCGCCGCGUGGGUAGAAUACGAGCGUCUAUGGCUCAACUCGAGUUGCGUCGCCGCUUUGCGCAAGACGAAGCCAAGUGUGUUUCCUCUAUCCUCGAUGGUGCCUCUGCCGAAUCUGCGGGUGUCGAGCACCCCGAUACAUGUCCUAUUGGACGGGAGGAGCUUCACCAGCACUUCGUCGGCACGAGUUCCGCUCCUACCGCUUUUGAUUACGAUGCUGACUGCGGACAGGAAUUCCGGGAUGUUCUGAAUGGGUUCCCACGGACGCUUCUGGGUGAUGAUUGCUUUUCCGAGGCUUUUCGAUGGACGAACCAGUUUGCCCCGCAGUUGGUACCCCUUCUGCAUACCGCUUACCGAUUCUGCUGGCUACAUCGGAUGAUACCUCGACUCUGGAAGGUGGGCAUGGUCCGCUUGGUUCACAAGAAAGGCGACCCGCUGCAACCUACGAACUGGAGGCCAAUUUGCUUACAGCCCGCUAUAUACAAACUCUACAGCGGGUUGCUGGCCAGGCGGCUGUCGUGCUGGUUGGAACUUAACCACCGGUUGCCCAUGGCGCAAAAGGGGUUUCGAGAGUUUAACGGAUGCCAUGAGCACAAUUUCCUGGCUACUACGAUGCUCGAUCAGACCCGCCGCUCGCGCCGCAAGCUCUACCAAGUCUGGUAUGACCUCCGAAACGCCUUCGGUUCGCUUCCGCAGCCCCUCAUGUGGCAGGUGCUCCGCCGGAUUGGUGUUGAGCCCCGGUUCAUUAACCGAUGCCAAGAUAUCUAUGAGGGGUCUGCUUUCGUGGUUAUGAAUGCGAAGGACGGGGCGACCGACCCGGAUGUCGGUGUGCCGCUGGCGGAGGGUGUCCGCCCGUGCACCACCGCUUAUGCCGACGACAUCAAGGUUUUCAGUGACAGUGCCGAUGGAAUCCGCCGCUGCCAUGACGUUGUCCGGAGGUUUCUCCAGUGGACGGGGCUGCGCGCUAACCCUGCCAAGUGUGCGAGCCUUGCGGUGACCAUUAAUGCUCGUGGUAACCCGACACUUGACGACAGUGUUCGGCUGGGGAUUCAUGGCGAUGUCAUUUCCCCGCUCACCCUUAAUGAGAGCUAUCGCUAUUUGGGGGUGGGCGAUGGUUUUGACCAUGUUCAGCACCGCCUCCAGCUCGAGCCAAAGCUCCAGCAGAUAAAGCGAGAGGCUGUGGCACUGAUGAAGUCUGGCUUAGCGGUGUGGCAAGUGGUGAAAGCGCUUAAGACUUACGUAUAUCCGAAGGUGGACUACGCGCUUCGCCACUUGCGCCCGCUUCGCUCUCAGCUCGAAGGAUUCGACUGUGCCGUGAAGCGUGGACUGCGACAUAUGCUGCGCCUGCCCCAGUCUUCGACCACUGAGUUCUUCUACGCGCCCACUUCUGGUGGUGGACUGGGCCUGCAGUCUCUAGUGGAGAUGCACCAAUCUCUGCAGGUGGCGCACGCAUGGCAGAUGUUGCACUCCAAGGAUCCAGCUCUAGUGGCGGUGGCGAAGGCUCAGGUCCUACAGGUCGUGCACAAACGAUACCGCCUAUUGAACGACCACUGGACGGGUCGAGACGACGAACUCGUACGUUUGUUUUUGAACUCCAAGCUCGCGUCGUCUCCCCACGCCACCAUCCAUCGCAGAUCGGGGGACAUCGCUUCGGUUUGGGUGGAUGUGCAGCGGGUGCUGUGCAUCCACCGUAUUACCUUUACUGAUCGCGCCGACGAGUCUGGUCAGGACGCGUUUGCGAUUCGCGUGCCGCACCACACCCAAUGGCUUGACCACAAGUCUGUCUUGCGGCACGUGAAGUUGCACAUGAAAAUUCGACACCAGACUCGGUGGAAGGGUCUGGUGGACCAAGGCCGGACGGCUCGGGUUCACGGUGGACCCGGGUCUAAGUUUGUGCUAUCGGGAGCGGGCCUGUCUGAUGCUGAACAUCGGUUCGGCAUCCAGGCUCGUCUAAACCAAGUGGACACGAACUCGGUUCUGAAGCGACGCCGUAUGCGGCCAAAUGCUCAUUGUCGACAGUCGGCCUGCUCGAGUGCGGAAACACUGGCGCACGUUUUGAAUCACUGUGCAUCCAAUAUGGAUUUAAUCCGCCAGCGUCAUGACACUGCACUCGAGCGAAUUGGUGUGGAGAUCAGGAAAGCGCUUCAACGGACCAAGUCGCAAGCAGAGUUACGACUCAAUCAGACGGUUCCUGAGUACACCGGUGCGGCUCUGCGUCCGGAUAUGGUGCUGAGGGACGUAAAUGCCAAGACCAUGGUGAUCGCUGACUUGGCAGUCACCUUCGAGACCCAUGGUGCUGGAUCUCGCCUUUCCUCGCUGCAGUCCAGCUAUGACUUCAAGAUGCUCAAGUACAAGCCUAUCGCCGAUGAACUCCGGCUGAAGGGGUGGAGAGUGGAGUCCGCUGCGAUUGUCUAUGGAUCUCUAGGCUCGGUGCUCCCGCGUAACCUCAAGACAUACACGGACACGCUCCACCUGCUCAAGCGCGAUGCUAGGACUCUGGAAUUUCGCCUUUCCAGUCAUUGUGUCCGCUCCAGUCGCCGGAUCUGGAGCUGGCACUGCCAACUACACAGGGAUCGACAACGGAGAGGGGCGGCUACAAGAGAGUCGCGCAGGUCCGGGGGAACCUGCAGGCUCCUCAGCCGCCAGAGGCGCGGUGAUAAGCUGGUCUUUAUGACCGACAGGGCACUAUCCAGGUAG